AUGGCGCUUGGAGCGAAAGCCACGUCAAAGGACGAACAAGAACAUGAGGUAAAGGCGCCUGAAUUCAGAGAACUCCAUCUUGAUCGUGCAGAGACUGCCACAGUCAUUUAUUCGUUAUCCGAUGAAGUUAUUGCUUUGCUUGCGGGAUGUCAACGACCGGACGGGCAUCAAUUUUCGCUCGGUGAUGAGAAAUCGCUCGUAUCAUCCUUGAGAACGCUGCUUUGGAACUCACCACAACUCUGGCAGAGUCCUGUAAGAGGCAUGGUGGUUAAGUGCAACGAAAACAUUGUUGCCAAGGUCAUAUCAGGGAAUAGGGAUUACACGGAGUACACUAGCAUGCAAUUUCUUGAGAAGCGGGCGCCUCAAAUUCCUGCCCCGAGGCUCCAUGGGCUGGUAGCAUUUGGCCCUUUUCGUGUGAUAUUCAUGUCAUAUGUUCGCGACAUGACUUUGACCCAAGCAUGGCCUAACCUGUCACAUGAGAACAAGCUUUCAAUCCAGCGCCAGCUUGAUGAUAUAUUUUGCAGUCUAAGACAGAUUCGACAGAAAGAGGGAACUAGUACGCUUGGGGGAACUUGUGGAGAGGGAGUCAAGGAGCUUACGGUCGACGAAUGCGCCCUGUUCAAAGGCAUCACGACAACAAAAGAGUACAGUGAUCUACAAUUCUCUGCUCGUCAUCAUGGAAGUGCCACUUAUGUUGGACUUCUGCGCUCCUUCCUGGAACAUGACACCUCAACACUGGCACAUGAAUCGGUGUUCACCCAUGGCGAUGUACGGACUGAUAAUAUAAUGGUGAAGCAGGAUCCCGGUUCUAGCGGCCAAUGGAUUGUCACUGGAAUCAUUGAUUGGGAGGACAGUGGCUUCUAUCCGUUCUAUUAUGAGUGCACUGCGCUGACACGUACUAUGAGCCUGGUGGACGAGAAUGAUUGGUAUCUGUAUCUGCCGCGGAGCAUUUCACCGUCGAACUUUCCUGUGCGUUGGCUGGUUGAUCGGCUUUGGCACAUACAUUUACGGACUACAUAA